CCAAAGCCAGAGAUCAUCUCCAACGCAACAAAGCAAAAAGAGGAGAAAAGGAGAACAAUGGAGUCACGCGCUACAGAAAUCCCCUCAGUCUGGGCUGUUGCAUUCGGCGCUUCCGUCGUAGCAGGUCUCGCAGGCUACUUCCUGGGCACUGCCUCAUCUAUCGGUGUGUUUGGCAACAGCUCUCAGAAACGCGUCGUCAGCAGCAGCGAAAAGGGACACGACAACAGCGACAGCGACGAUGCCAACGCAUCCGACUCCGAAUUGGAGGACUCCGAAGAUGAUCAGGAGGUCAAUGGGUUUGAAGACUCUACCGAGGAAUGCAAACUCGUCCUCGUUGUCCGCACCGAUCUGGGCAUGACAAAGGGCAAGAUAGCAGCCCAAUGUUCACAUGCCACCCUUGCAUGCUACAAGACACUUCUGCGACAGCAAUCACCAAUCCUCAAGCGCUGGGAGGGAUAUGGUCAGGCAAAAGUCGCAGUGCAGGUCAAGAGCGAGGAAGAGCUCAUGAUCCUGCAGGCUCAAGCUAUCAGUUUGGGUAUCUGCGGUCAGAUCAUCCACGACGCUGGUCGCACACAGAUUGCCAGCGGUAGUGCGACAGUACUCGGUGUCGGUCCUGCUCCAAAGUCCAUGGUCGAUCAAGUCACUGGACAUCUCAAACUUCUGUAAAUUAACGGUUUCCGCAACGUGGCGAACGUCAUGAGAUGAUCCCCACAGCUUCGUAAGCGACACCGCGGAGAGACUCUUUGAACAGCCAUGACGAGAGCAAACAUCACAUCAACGAAGAGCGUCGCGAGAUCGCAGGAAGUGGAAGACAAUUCACAUUGUCUAAUGUCCUAUUUCGUUCAAAGCACUCGACAGCAUUUUCAGAAGAUACCGCAAGGUCGAGAAGAAGGAAUACGCAAAAGAGAGUUUCGUCAAAUCAGAAGUUCUAGAAGGCCAAACACCAAGCCACUUCAACGUCGCGUCCUGCGUCGGCAACAAAGGACAAUAGAUAUAACAACACAGAAAAGCUAGAACGUUUACAGCAUCGUACCACGAUUGCUGAUUUGAUGUGUCCGAGCAAAACAAAAAUCUUCCUCAAAGC